CGCAUGCGCAUUUGUGAAGACGGCAGCAUCACAGUGCGGCUCUCUGCUAAGCAGCUAAUCAGCUGAAUCAUUUAGUUUAUUCCCUCUUUUUUCUUGUAAUUGUGCGUGUCUUGUAGCGUAAUGGCGGCAAGAUACGACAGAGCGAUUACUGUCUUUUCACCCGAUGGUCAUCUUUUUCAGGUAGAAUAUGCACAAGAAGCCGUAAAAAAAGGCUCUACAGCGGUGGGAAUCAGAGGGAAAGAUAUUGUUGUGCUUGGUGUUGAGAAGAAAUCUGUAGCAAAGUUGCAGGAGGAAAGGACUGUCCGCAAGAUUUGCGCCCUUGAUGAGCAUGUCUGCAUGGCAUUUGCAGGUCUGACAGCAGAUGCCCGUAUUGUGAUAAACAGAGCUCGGGUUGAGUGCCAGAGCCACAGGCUAACUGUUGAGGACCCUGUCACAGUUGAAUACAUCACACGCUACAUUGCUACUCUGAAACAGCGAUACACUCAAAGCAACGGGCGCAGGCCGUUUGGCAUCUCUGCUUUAAUUGUUGGUUUUGAUUACGAUGGGACUCCAAGGCUCUAUCAGACUGACCCCUCAGGAACCUACCACGCCUGGAAGGCUAAUGCAAUCGGCCGAAGUGCAAAGACCGUGAGAGAGUUCCUGGAGAAGAACUACACAGACGAAGCCAUUGCUGGAGACAACGAGGCAAUAAAGUUGGCCAUCAAAGCUCUGCUCGAGGUUGUCCAAUCGGGAGGAAAAAAUAUCGAACUUGCUGUGAUCAGACGGGACCAGCCGCUAAAGAUUUUGGAAUCAAAAGAAAUUGAGAGUCUGGUGGCUGAGAUUGAGAAGGAAAAAGAAGAGGAGGCAGAGAAGAAAAAGCAGAAAAAAACCACCUGAUGCUGCUCAUCCACACGGUUUUUCUUUAUUGCACUUGGAAGACAUUUUUUGGGUUGCAGAUUACUAAGUGACAGAGUUUUCAGAUCGCCUACUUUAUUUCAUUGUAAAGACCUGGACCCUAACUUCAGAUCUGUUUAUUUACAUUUGCCUGUGCUCACAGAGAAUGUCCAGUCAAAUCCUUCUAGGUGUUACCUGACGUGCUUGAGAACAUGGAUAGAUCUCAGGUUAAGAGUUGAGGUCUUCAAUGAUGAGAUGUUUUUGUAUAUCAUUUACCAAACUGCUCUGAUUGACACAAAUCUCAAACGUUGAAAUAAAGGUUUUUAACAUUUUGAAU